AUGAGUCAGUCAGUGGGGCAGUCGUCAGCCGUCAACGACGAUCAUGAGUCACAGUGGCCAGAGAAGCUUGUGUCCGGCGUGUGGCGGCAGCUGAAGAGCAGAGGAGAACAAGAAGAGAGGCCAACUGGCUGUUCGCCGGCCGGGAACAAAGGUGAAAAUGGGGCAGGCAGGAGGCAACGGACGACGACAUCAACGACUCCAGAGCCAGGCACGCAGCCAGCCGGUUGUAGCGUGCUCCUCCCAGCGCCUACGGCGAGCAAAGCGAAUGUCAUUGGUGCGGCGGCCUCGAUGGUAGUUAUGUGGACAGCCGCUCCAUCACAUGCCCGCCCCCCUGCCGGUCGCUGA